GCAUGAAACUCAAUGAUGGGAGGAAAAAGGCACAACCUUGAAGGAGGAAGGAGGGCAGGGGCAGAAAGAAGAGGAAGGGUCAUCUUCUCCGGAGGCGGGCCCUCCUCCCCUCCCCUCCUCAAUCUCUUCUUCACCAAGCAAGGCAGGCUUUUCCUCGACUGCCUGCCACCAGGCUACCCAUCUCUUCGCUGUGUCUCCCUCCCUCCUCACCUCUUUUGCUUCUGCACCUCUUCCACUCCUCCUCCUCCACCUCCUUCCCUCUGCUCAUUGUGCGUGUGGGGAUUGAGCAAUAUGGUGCCGCCGAAUGUGGCAACCAUAAUGGCCGCAGGGGUAGCAGCUCUCACCCUCCGGUUCGUGUCGAAGCGGAAGGCCAAGAGUGACCAUGGCGAGCGUGUGGAGGAUGAGGAGCUGGAAGACGGGGAGUCCCCGACCGUGGGUGUGGUGCCUGUGACGGUUGCGUGGGAUCGCAUUGAGUGCAUUUUGCGCGACAAACGUGGGAAUGUGAUCAAGAGGUUGCUGCAGGGAGUGAGCGGAGAGGCCAAGGCGGGGAAAUUGCUUGCCAUUAUGGGACCAUCGGGAUCUGGUAAAACCACCCUGUUGAAUGUACUGGCUGGGCAGUUGGCUGCCUCUCCUCGCCUGCGUUUAACGGGGUCCCUUAGCAUCAAUGGCCGUCCCUUUUCGAAGUCCAAGCACAGGGUCGCGUAUGUGCGACAGGAAGACCUUUUUUUCUCGCAGCUUACGGUACGGGAGACGCUCGCUCUCGCCGCUGAACUGCAGUUGCCAAAGACAUGGAAACCCAAUGCCAGGGAGCGCUACGUGCAGGAAUUGCUGUAUCGUUUAGGGCUGGUUUCCUGUGCGGAUACGAUCGUUGGAGAUGCCAAGGUGCGGGGUAUAAGCGGAGGUGAGAAGAAGCGACUCUCCAUCGCUUGUGAACUCAUUGCAAGCCCGUCUAUAAUUUUUGCCGAUGAGCCUACCACAGGCUUGGAUGCAUUCCAAGCCGAGCGCGUCAUGGAGACGCUGCGGAAACUCGCCGAAGAGGGUCAUACAGUUGUGUGCUCCAUUCACCAGCCUCGUGGCUCAAUUUACUCUAAAUUCGACGACCUAAUUCUGCUUUCAAGUGGAGCUGUUGUGUAUGCUGGCCCUGCCGCCGACCACGCCCUGAAGUACUUCGCGGAUUUAGGUCACAAAUGCCCUGAGCACACAAAUCCUGCUGAAUAUUUUGCGGAUUUGAUUUCCAUAGAUUACAGCUCCUCGGAUAAUGAAAUUGCCGCUCGCAAGAAGGUUGCAGAUUUGGUGGAGGCGUUUGCAAGCAAGCAGAAGAAGAUUGGGCGAGAUAAUCCUCUGACUGCACUCGACUUAUUGAUGGACCCUGAUGAUGAGAAGUUCAUUCACGACACCGUGGUAUCGAACAGGAGUGGCUUUCUAUGGCAGUUCCAGAUGUUGUUGAGACGAGCUUGGAGACAAACGACGAGGGACAAAUCAACGAACAGAGUGCGAGGUACCAUGUCCAUCACAUCUGCUCUCAUAUUUGGCUCAAUUUUCUGGCGCAUGGGCCGGUCUCAGACCUCAAUUCAGGAUCGCAUGGGCCUCCUUCAGGUAGCUGCGAUCAACACAGCUAUGUCUGCUCUUACAAAGACCGUGAAUGUGUUUCCGAAGGAGAGAGCUAUCGUUCAACGAGAACAAGCCAAAGGGAGCUACUCUCUGGCUCCCUACCUGAUCGCCAAACUCGUGGCCGAAGCGCCCGUCAGCGCUGCCUUCCCUCUCAUGUUCGGCGCUGUUGUGUACCCCAUGACUCGUCUUAACCCGUCCCUCCAAAGGUUUUUGACCUUCUCAGGUGUUAUGACCGUCGAAGCUUUCGCAGCAUCUGCCAUGGGUUUGACAGUUGGCGCCAUUGCGCCCACCACUGAAGCUGCUCUUGCACUUGGCCCAUCCCUAAUGACAGUGUUUAUAGUGUUCGGUGGUUACUACGUGAACUCAGACAACACUCCUACAAUCUUCCGGUGGAUCCCAAAGGUCUCCCUUAUCCGAUGGGCAUUUCAAGCUCUCUCAAUCAACGAGUUCAAAGGCCUCACCUUCGACGUGAAGAACUCAUUUGAUUUGCAGGAUGGCGACCAGGUUUUGGAGAGGCUGUCCUUCGGUGGUAAGAACGUGCAGAAUGCCGUCAACCAGGAGCUCCGCAUUGCGUUGUUCUGGUACUGGCUCACCUACGUGCUCCUCAAGAGAAACAAGGCCAAGUUUCAAGUUCUGGAAGCUCCCAGCAAGGUGACCCCCCACGAGUUGGCAGUUGAAGAUGUUUGAUUAGCAUUUGCUAAGUUUGGUGGCAGAUUGCUGUACGGAGAAGUGUAGAUUUAUUGGUACCAUAUCACAUUCGGCUUAUGAAGCAGAGAUAAUUUGUAGCCAGGAGGAAGCCUUUCAGACCUUCUCAUGUAACGUGUAUACUGGAUGAUCACCUUUGAAGGUCCACCGGAGCUGGAUUUGGUUUAUAAGAGUGACACUAGAGAAGAAAGUGAACAGGAUUUGUACAAGUUCGUUAGGGUUACAGCAUCCUGGAAUCAAUUUGUGAAGGGACAAUGUAGUUUCUUUUCAAGCGUGGGAAAACGAUAUCACAUCUGACUCUGUCCUA